AUGAAAUCUGAAUCGGAUUCUCUGAUCGAAGGGGAAAAAAGCGAUCAUCUACAAUCUACUCACAAGUCUCCAUUGGAAGGUGUCUGUCGUGACUACCUUCGUAAUGUAUCCCUGACCGCUACUAUUUAUUUGUGGCCCAACCCCGGCAUCAUCUGUUUUUAUUCCACCACCAUAUCGCGAUCAAUCAAAUCCAGACUUGGCCGUGAAGAAGCAACUUUUUGUCAUGAUUUCCAAAAUGGUACCUGCCAUCGACCAGCUUGCAAAUUUCUUCAUUGCAGUCGUGAGGCCGAGGAGGUUUAUCGUAUCACUGGAGUCCUCCCUGGUCAAUCGUCUUGGUCUUCUGCUUCCAUAAAUGGCUUGAGCUUGCCUGCAUUCUCAUCUGAAGUGCUUGACGGCGGUCCUCCUGUUUGCAAAGAUUAUUUGAAUGGUGGGUGUCAUCGCGCUGGUGUCUGCAAAUUUCGGCAUAUGGUGGUUGAUGAUUACGAGCGCUAUCAACAGCAGCACAUCAUUCAGCAUCAUCACCAAGUUUCAGGAUAUGUCCCUCAAGCAAUUCCACCUACUGGGCAUCAAAUUCCUCCCAUUGGUACACAUUUUGCUCAAUUACAAUCGGCAGGCUCUACGCCAAUUCAAGUGACCCAGGGUUUCUCAACUGACUCACAGGCGACGCAAGCAACCUUGCUUUCUUUGCAUGCCCAUCAGCUGACAGCAGCCGUGCAUCCUAUUAGCCAUCAAACUACUGUUAUUGCCUCACAAGCGCUUCAAGCUCCUGGGCCUCCAAGUACUCAAACUAAUAUAUCAGUUUUGGCAGCUACUGACCCUCAAACUAGUUCAUCUGCACAGCAACUGGCUGCUAGUUCUGUUCCAGUCUCCGCGUUUCCGGGUCAUACUACCAUUUUGAGCACAGUUGAUCCUCGCGCACAUCAUCCGGGGACGAUUCUAGCAGUCGCUCCUGCAAAUGGGCACGCUCAAUCAGCAGACGCUCAUUCACAGCCUGCUGUAUCUGUAAUGGUUGGGACACCAGUAGUCAGCUCCAUCCAACCAACCUCUACUCCUACUCUUAGCAUCAUUCAGGCUCAGCCUCAGCAAGUUUACGCCGCCACUGCUCCACCGUCCACACAAUCUUCCGUGAAUGCUGUAGCAGCUUCAGCACCGGUGCCUUCCCAACAACCAACGCAAACCUUAAUUACAGGUACGGUUACAACGCCAGCCACAAUCGUUAGUCUAUCAACGAUUCCUGUUGCUACUGGCCAUGGAGGUCUAAGUGUUCUCCGAGCGGCACCUACUCAACAA